GGAUUCUACAGCAAAUCAAGCUUUUAAGAUUCGUAAAGUAGAACCAUCUUUUCAAAUAAAUAAAAUGAAGACAGAGCCUAACAAAAAGAAGAAAGCUAAAAAGCACAAGCACAAACAAAGGAAACAAAAUGUUACGACUACAACUAAUACUGGACAAAAGAUAGUAAAGAGAAACGAUAAUGAUCAUACUUUUCUUGAACUUGACAGUGAUCAAGAUAAAAAAGCUUUAAAAAAAAAACAAUUGAAAAAAAUGUUGAAAAAGAGGAGAGAACUAGACAACCUCCAGAAAAAUGAUGUUAAAACAAAGACAAAUGUAAAGCCUUUAAAUAACAAAAAGCUUGAAAAGUCAUCAUCAUCAUUACCACCAAAAGCGGCAUUCUCUUCAAAGACUGUUAUUGUUCUAUCAGAUACAGAAGAUAAUGAUGAUAAUACUCGAUUAACAUUCAAAAAGGAUCAUAAUAAAGGAUUGUACGAACUAGAUGAUCAAACAUAUAAAUAACAUGACCAUUUGUGCUAAAUGUUCCGUCUAUCUUUAUAGAAUUUGCAUCAAUGAAAAUCGAGUUCCAUUACAUGUGCAUCAUUUAAAUUGUUUAAAUACAAAAAAUGGAUGGUUAAACGAUACGGUAAUAAAUUACGCUUUAGAUAUGCUGAAAGAUAAAUAUAACAAUACACAAAUGUAUAUAUCUUCAACUUUUUUCUUCACUCGACUACAACAAGCGGCAGCUAAUGCAAGCGAAAAUUAUUAUGAAAUACUGAAGAAAUGGUUUCGUAAAGUUCAUUUAUUCAAUAAAUCUCUUUGGCUCAUUCCUGUCUUUCAAAAGAGUCAUUGGUUUUUGAUGGCUGUUACUAGUCUUCAAAAUAAAAAGCAUUUUAGUAUUGUAUGUAUGGACUCUUUAGGAAAAGAUAGAACUGAAUGCCUUCAGUUAUUAGAAAAGUUUAUUGCUAGAAAAUACAAGGAUGAUAGAAUUAAUGGUGAAUGGCAUCCACCGAAAUUAUUAACAGCAAAGAUUCCAAGACAGACAAAUGGCAAUGAUUGUGGUCUUCACUUGAUUAGAUCAGCUGAACUCCUGUUAUCUAAUAAAAAGAAAACUAUUCAAUUAGCUAUGGGAAAAUUGGAUAAAGAAAAGACAAAAAAGUUAUUUGAGCGAGUUAUGAUUCGUAAUAGACAACAACUUAAAAAAGACAUAUUAGAAUACACAAAGUCAAUAAAUAAGAAACAAUAAUAAAGAGUAUCAACUUCUUCUUUUUUAACGGGUUUAUAUAAA